AUGCUUAGUGCCCCCAGAACGCUAAAGGCAUCAAUACGAAUCCUGAAUUGUUACUGGACGACUUGAUCAUUUGCAUUCCACAUGUGUACUAGUACCAGCAUCUCCUGGACUCGGUCUUCGGGAAUACCGUCGUAUAUACCCUUAAUUCCUGGCCCUGGGACGGGCAUCAAACACCUAUAUAUUUGGUUUUUGCAAAUCCCAAAAACAGUAUGCAGCAAAGCAGUGGAUUACAAGUCUGUUUCAAAUCAGAAAAAUCUACACUCAAGCCAUCAUCAUGCCAUCGGAUCCCCCAUCCCAUCACAAGGCUCUGGUCAUCGAGGCUGUGGGCGCCGAUCUCCAGGUCCAAACACUGCCAACACCACAGGCCGACACUGGAAGCGUUGUCGUCCGCGUGAUCGCCGCUGGUGUGCUGUCCUACCAGCGCGAGAUCUACGGUGGACAACGUACCUACGCGUUUCCCAUGCCAUUAGUCGGCGGCUUCAGCGCCAUCGCCCGCGUGGCCGCUGUCGGACCCGAUGCGACGCUGCUGAAGCCAGGCCAACUCGUCUUCGUCGACUGUGUCAUACGUGCACGCGAUGAUCCAAGUGCUCGUUACCUGACUGCGAUACACGAGGGUGGCUCCGAGGGUAGCAAGAAGCUGAUGAAAGACGUGUGGAGGAACGGCACAUUCGCUGAAUAUGCCAAGGCCCCUCUCGACAACUGCAUUCCGCUUGACGAAGCGAGGCUGUGUCACGAACUGGGCUACACGCCCCAAGACCUGAUGUACUUGUGCUAUCUCCUCGUGCCGUUCGGCGGCCUCCGAGACAUCAAGGUCGAGCCGGGCGAGACGGUCGUGGUGUGUCCGGCAACAGGUGGUUUCGGCGGCGCCGGGGUGCAGGUCGCAGUUGCUAUGGGUGCGAGAGUGAUCGCGAUGGGUCGCAAUGAGAAGGAGUUGGCAAGACUCAAGGAGCAUGUCAAGAAAGGGACACCCUGGGCAAGCGUGGAGACCGUCAAGAUUACCGGAGACGAAACCAGAGAUACCGCUGCCUUGCAAGCUUUCGGUACCAUUGACGCCGUGUUGGAUCUCUCGCCUCCGGCUGCAAUGAAUUCGACGCACUUGAAGAGCGCGAUUCUGGCGUUGCGUCAGGGCGGACGGUGCAGCCUAAUGGGCUUGGCCAGUGACUUUGUGCCUGUCUGGAAAGUCAUUUCCGAUGACAUUGUCAUGAAAGGCAAGUUGAUGUACUCGCGGGACGAUAUGCUGCUGUUUGUCAAGAUGUUGGAAAGAGGUCUGUUUCCGAAGGGGGAGAGCUUCGUGGAUGCAAAGACUUUUGCGCUAGAGGAUUGGAAGGAGGCUUUCGACGAAGCGGCCGAGUACAUUGGCAUUGGUAAGCACGUCAUGAUCACACCAUGAGUUCGGAAGUGUUGAGGAGCUGGACCUGUAGCGCGACGGAACAAAAAUAACAUUCUCCUCUCAG